UCAACUUUUAUAGGAAUGUGAAGAGGAAGAAUCACUGUCAAAAGCCAUAGAUGAGUCGAAACCAGAAGAAGGUUCCUCAAGAGAAAACAUGAAAACAACCCAAGAUUGAUAUGGGACUAGACCAGUCAUCUUCAGGAUUGUGAGACUCCUCUCUGAGAGUUAUGAUGAGUUAUCAUCAGGGGGCUGAGGGUGGAGCCAUCCUUAAAGAAAGACAGAAGGAUGGGUCACCAAACAAGAAUCUUGAUGAGACCGUGGACCCUGAUAUGAGCACCAUCAGGCCAGAAGAGAUGGUCUGUGAUGUCUGUGAGGUCAAAGCUGUGAAGUUCUGUCAGACCUGCACUUUAUCCUACUGUGGGACCCACGUUAGGAAGCACUACACAGUACCUAAACUACAGAGACACACCCUGGUGGAGAUAACUGGAGACCUGGAGGAGAAACUCUGUCAGGAACAUCACAGAGCUCUGGAGGUGUUCUGCAGGACAGACCAGAAGCUGAUCUGCAGUCUGUGUUCUGUGACAAUGCACAAAGGACAUGAUUUAGUCUAUGAGGAGAUAAAACAGUCAGGAAGACAGACUUUUGAUAGAGAUCAAUGUCAAAGACUAAGGCUGGCCUCAGUUGACGAAGUACUGCCCCCUCCUGGUGAGAUCCAGUUCUCGUCAGUGACGUCAAACUCUGUGUCUCUGAGCUGGGGUUCUCCUGAGGGACUGACAGGACCACAGACUUUCAGCGUGACUUGGAGAUGUGAUGGGGAAGAGAGGAGCCUGAGGGUGGAAGAUGGGUUUAAUGUUGAACUAGAUGGACUCCAGCCUGGUGAAAAGUACCAGUUCAACGUGGCUACAGAGGGAGAAGAUGGCAGACAAAGCAGAUGGGUCUCAGCAUCUGUAUUCACUGUGGUUCCAGCACCCAGGGACUUACAAAUAAACCAGUCAGGAGCGACCUCCUUCACUGUCAGUUGGUCCAAGGCUGAAGAAUUGGAGAAAGUCCCACAACGCUUCGUCAUAUCCUACUGCAUUCCGGGAACAGAGCCCUGUGCAGCCAAUACUGAGGACUGCUACAUAACUCUCUCUGGCCUGCAACCUGGUACUCAGUACAACAUCAGUGUCUCAACUGUGUUGAACAAUGGGGAACAGAGCAAACCUCUCUCUACAACCAUCUGCACAAUUAUCCCUGCCCCGGUAGGGCUGACUGUUGACUCAGUGGACACCACAUCAGCUGCUGUUAGCUGGAGUCAGCCACCAGGAUUGGACCAGACCCAACAUCAUUACCAGAUCUCCUACCACUGUCCAGGGACAGAACCACACAUCACUACCACAUCUUCACACAGCAUCGCUCUCUCUGACCUGCAAGGUGGUACUCAGUACUCUGUCACUGUCUGUACUGUGCUGGAGAACAGGAAGAAAAGUCAACUGGUGUCAACAACCCUGACUACAAUACUUCCUGCUCCAGACCAGCUGACUGUUGACUCAGUGGACACCACAUCAGCUGCUGUCAGCUGGAGCCAGCCACCAGGAUUGGACCAAACCCAACACAAUUACCAGAUCUCCUACCACUGUCCAGGGACAGAAUCACACAUCAUUACUACAUCUUCACACAGCAUCACUCUCUGA